UUCCAACUCCACCUCGGUGGCCAGGCGGUUGUAAUGCAGGAGAUCCGGCGCGAGAUCCAGAUGCUGUUGGAGGGAUAGUUCUGUGUCGGCCUGACUGAGGAGUGUGAGCGCAGCCAGCUUUCCCAAUGUUGGCGCGCUGGUUCACGGGCGCGCACGCGACGACAGAGUGGCUUUGGGUGGGGAGAGCAGGUGAUGAUAUCAAGGUCGUGCAGAGUGUGAAUGAGUGUGCAGUGCGGUGCGGGUCUGCAGAGACAGGGUGGCGCGGCUAACGUGCUGCUGGUUGUACGAUAAUACUGUGGAUGUGGAUUGACCGAGCUCGUGGCUGCCCGUGGCUCGUGUUGAGUCUUGAGGUGAUUAUGAGCCGAGCGACAAUAACGAAGCCAAACUGUCAGGGUAAAUGCCAGAUGCUCUCUUCCUACUAUGCGACUAAGUGUGACAUAGAGAGUUCUGAUUGGCGGAGGCAAAUCGGUCAGGAAAAACGUUGUACACGAAGGGAAAGAGGGGAUGAAUCCAGCAUCACAAUGACCACCACAGCCUCCGAUAAGAUGUCCCUGGAAAGUCUACUGGGUAGCGAACACAAAAAGCUGAUGGUGUUGCGCAACCAGCAGAGGCCGAUGCGACGAUAUGGAGAGUCGGUAUCGGGGCUCUGGCACGGUGAUGUUGCCUUGGGACGAAUUGAAUAUGGCGACAAAUCUGAGAAAAGAGACGACGCUCUUGCGCCGUCAGAGGUGAAAAGUCCGACCCGUUGGCCUCAAGUUGACAGGCCUGACGCUGAGCGCACUGUGCAAGAACGGGUCCGCAAGUGGUCCGUGUAUUGUGGAAGGGGCGAAGAAGCGGGCGACUGGGGGAGGAUUGGCGAGACUUCAAGAGCGCGUGACUCGCUGCUGGUGGUCCAAAGGAGAGAGGUGGUCCGUGUUCUUGUCAUUCGCAAGGCACUCCCAGUCGCGCGCUUCUUCUCCUGUUUGCCUGCGAAUGAUUCGUCAGCAUCUUAUCCCUUAACGGAGCUUUCAAAUCUGGUUCGCCCGUUAGCCGCUCACUUGGCCGACGCUGCACGAGCCAAUCGCUCCUGCUGUCUUUAUUAA